AUGCAAUUAUUUGUCCUUUUCUUUCUUUCUUUCUUUCUUUCUUUCUUUCCUUUCUUUUCUUUCUUUUCUUUUUUUCACCUUUCUUUUUCUCUUUCUUUCCUUUCAAUUAUUUGUCUCUUUUCUUUUUCUUUCUUUCUUUCUUUUCUUUUUUCUUUCUUUUUUUUUAAUUAUUUUCACCUUUCUUUUUCUCUCUCAUUCCGUUCAAUUAUUUGUCCUUUUCUUUCUUUUCUUUCUUUUUUCUUUCUUUCUUUUUUAAUUAUUUUCUUUUUUCUUUCUCUCUCUCAUUCCGUUCAAUUAUUUGUCCUUUUCUUUCUUUUCUUUCUUUCUUUCUCAUAUUUUUCUUUUUUAAUUUUUUUCCUUUCUUUUUUCUCUCUCAUUAUUUUCAAUUUUUUGUCCUUUUCUUUCUUUCUUUUUUUUUUCUUUUUUUUUUUUAAUUAUUUUCUUUUUUUUUCUUUCCUCUCAUUCCGUUCAAUUAUUUUCUUUUCUUUUCUUUUUUCUUUCUCAUUUUUUUUAUUUCUUUCUUUCUUUUUUUUUUCUUUUUUAAUUAUUUUCACCUUUCUUUUCUCUAUCAUUCCUUUCAAUUAUUUGUCCUUUUCUUUUCUUUCUUUUUCUCUUUCUUUCUUUCUUUUCUUUCUUUCUUUUCUUUAUUUUCUUUCUUUUUUCUUUUUUUUUCAUAUAUUUUUUCCUUUCUUUAUCUCUCUCAUUCCGUACAAUUAUUUGUCCUUUUCUUUUCUUUUUUUUUCUUUCAUUUCUUUCUUUCUUUUUUCUUUCUUUCUUUUUUCUUUUAAUUAUUUUCACCUUUCUUUUUCUCUCUCUUUUCUUUUUCAAUUAUUUGUCCUUUUCUUUUCUUUCUUUCUUUUUUUUUCUUUCUUUUCUUUCUUCUUUUAA